GCUGCAACCUUGGCACGAGUAUCAUCCUCUACUCAAGUAACAGUUACUGCACAACUCACUUAACGAACGUUCAUCAGGAUAUUAAAUUAUCGGAUUACUCGUUCUAUGCUCGUCCACAAACCUCUUGUGUCUCAUUUGAGGCAGCUUCAUGCUUUCGGUCGAGUUCGACCUACUCACAUCCCUCAACCUACUUGCAUCUUUAAGCCUGCUCGCCUCUUUCGGCCUGCUCACCUCUUCGAACCCACUCGUCCCAUUCAGCCUAUGCACUUCCAGGUCUGCCAAUCAAUUGUGUUUGGCAAGUAAUAUAUAAGUACUGACUACGAGUAGUAUGUGGCUGGACAGGAGUACUACUCAACCGGCGAGAUCGAAUCCGAUAACGCAUCCAAUAACGCAUCUGAUAAUGCAUCCGGGAAUGUCUUUGAGAACACAUCCAGGGGUGCCUCUGAGAACGCAUCCGAGAUGCGAGAUUUAGUUACUCGGGUCACACACUUGGAAGAGAUAAUGUUUUUGAUAAAACAGAUUCCUUAAAUUUGCAACUUGAAUAUUCUAACUAUCUCUCAGUCGGUAAACAGAUUGAAUGCGGGUUGGGAUAGGAGUCUAGAAAAGGGGUUGCAGCCGAUCAACGAGUUAAUUAGAGAUACCCGAGCGUUGAUGAGAUGGCUUUUGGGAUCGGUUGUGAUGGGAGUAUGCUACCAGUAAUCUUUUUGCUACAUGACCUGAGGCUAAACAGAUCGAUUAGGUUGCAUUGGGAGUGAUUUUCUACGAUCGUCACAUUGAGGAAAAUUUUGCGAAGAAGCAGGAUGAGAUGGAAAAAAGACUUACCACAGCGAUAGAGAAAGCUAUAGGUCAGCUUAAACUAGAGCUGAAGGUCGAGUCUCAGGAGAGGCUUUUGUCUGUCCGUGAUCAGGGCACUGGCAAUGGGCAUUAAAGAUGAGUCUGGAGGGAGUUUUUUUAUUAUUAUUCUUUUAACGGUGUUCACCAUAGAGGUUGUCCCUAGAAACCGGGGCGGGACCCGGAAUAAUUACAAAGGUUGGUUUGAACCAAAGCAUGCUACUGCACACCGCCAAAAUCUUGAGGCUCCAGUCAAUUUUUCGCCCAUAUGCAAUAACAGCUGUGUUUCCAAACGUCUGAAAAUUACGAGUAGACAAAGGCCGGAGAUGUAAAGUGAUUGAACAAAAGUCUUAGUAGGCCCACCAAUCUUUCGACGAUAGAGACAACACCGCCUAUUAACUUUAUUGACGCGAAGUAAUGCCAGAGUGUGGAUCAAAGAAAGGAUCCCAGAACAGCUCAAAGAGGCACCCAAGGCACCACUUUCGGACCCAUCGUAAAAUAUCACUCGUGCACGUGCGCUCACUCGUUGUUUCCUAUCG